AAUGAUACAAAUGCUUAUUCCUCAUUUAAAAUUGAAAACCCAAAACCCUAUUUCUUUCCUUCAAACCCCUUUUCUUUCUUUAGCACACCCUCUUUACUCUUCACACCCCUCCGUCAUCACCUUCCUCCUAUUGUUUCUUUCUCGCUCCACCUUCCAUUGUUGCUGUGUGAACAUGGAUAUAGAGACGAGACGGAUUCAAUUACAGUUCAAUCAAACUCAGAAGCUCCGUCUGCAAAAGGCUAUGGAAUCUCUAUCUUCUAAUGUGAAUUUCGAUGCUUCAGUCACCAUAGCCGAUUCCAUUCCUGUCAACUUUGAAGAAGGAGUACUCAAAGGACACGGAACUGCUGACCUAGACGGUGAAGUCGUUUCCACUCUCUGCGGCACUGUGGAGCGUGUUAACAAACUCGUUUAUGUGCGUCCUUUGAGCUCAAGGUACAAACCUGAGGUUGGUGACAUCGUUAUAGGGCGCGUUGUUGAGGUUGCUCAAAAGCAUUGGAGAUUGGAUAUCAAUUGCAGUAAAAAUGCUUAUUUGAUGAUUUCUGCUAUGAAUGUGCUUGAUGGUGUACAGAGGCGAAGGACGUCAGGAGAUGAGUUGAAUAUGCAAUGUAUUUUUGCGGAGGAUGAUUACAUUUGUGCUGAAGUUCGUGAUUUUACGCAUGGUGACAUACACCUUCAAACAAGAAGUCAAAAACAUGGAAAGCUUACUAGUGGUCAGUUGCUUACAGUCGCACCGUAUUUAGUGAAGAGACAAAAACAACAUUUCCAUCAUCUGGAUCAAUAUGGUAUUGAUUUAAUAAUCGGCUGUAAUGGGUUCAUAUGGGUUGGGGAACAUGUUGGAGUCAGAGAUGACAUGGUUGAAGACCAAGUUAACCGAUCUGAGCCAAACGUUUCAGUUCCGAAUAAAAGUUCAGCGAGUCUUGAAGAACAAGAGAAAAACUAUACGCCACUGGAGACUAGAAAAUACAUAUGCCGGGCUGCAAAUGCUGUAAGAGUAUUGUCCACUCUAGGGUUCAUCAUAACAUUGGAAAGUAUCAAGGGUGUUAUCGAUCUAAGUGUUUCGGCUAAUCUUGAUAUAAACGACAUGCUUGGUUCUGAGUUCUGUGUCAUGGUUGCUGAAAAAGAGGCAGAGAGGAGAAACUCAGAUAAAGGGAAGGUUUUGAUAUAAAGUCUUAUGUCUGUCCAUCCGUUGGAUUCAUAAAAAAAAUCCCAUGAAUAAGUUACAUGAAAAAUAAAAUAAAGAUUUAAUUUCCAAAUA